CCUAGAAGAAGCUUCCGAUAUUGGGUCUUUUCCAUUCGCUUAUCAAUGAAGGUGGAGAUAUCAAAUAAUCCUCACUUAUUGCCCGAUGACGACGACGACGACGACGACGACGAUGUAAGCUUUCCAUGUCUUGAGACAUCAAGAAACGACAGCGAUUCAACGUGGACAACAUCGGAGGAGCAGGAGCAUGAUCAGAGCCCGGCGAGGAACAAACCCUUGAACGAUGGUGAAGCUCUCAUUGGAGGCAGUAGUAGUUCUUGGUCUGAUAUUUCCGAGUGCAUUCGUCGUCCUCUUAAAUGCAACAUACUAUUCUCCAGCUCUCAGGGUUCCUCUAAGUGGUUCCUUUCCUAGUGCCUUCAGACAGUCCCCUUAUGGGACUAAUUAUUGGGGAGGAAGACCUUAUUGCCCUGCUCAGAGUAAUCAAAAUUACUAUAGAAGAGUAAUCAUCAGGCCCCAUCCCCAUCGAGAACAUGACAAGAAUUCAAGCAUUCAUGUAGCACCACCACCACCACUUCUUCCUUAUGUUGUGUCUCCACAUUCAUAUCUGCCUCCAAUUCAUUUUGGUGUGCCAUUUAUUGUUCCUGGAUCAUCGAGCACCCUUUCACCGACCCACAUGCCUUUACCUACCCGACCUCCUGCAUUGACUGUUUUAGUAGUCAAGCAGAUAGAUCAUUAUUUUAGUGAGGAGAAUUUGGAAACUGACCACCAUUUGAAAUCCCUCAUGGAUGAUCAAGGCUGGGUCCAUGUUCAUCACAUUGUUAAUUUUCGAAGAGUUUCGAAUUUGACCAAGAACAUCACGUUGAUACUAAAGUCUUUGAUUGCCCGUUCAAAUGUUGUGGAAGUAAAGGAUAAAAGUAUUAGAAGAAAAAAUGGAUGGGAAAAAUGGAUAAGAAAGAGUGAUGAUCGGGUUUCUAACAACAACUGAAGCAGAUUUUUGUCAUGCCACAAUGAAUGUAAUAAUACACUUGGAGAAAGAAUCUGUAAAAGAUGUAAUAAUUUUCUUUCUUUCUUUCAUUUUGAGACAAAAUGAGCUAUGCAUGUACAAAUAGGGUGUACUAUUACUACUACUACUAAUCCUAGUGACUAUUUCCUGUAUAGUCUUCUUCUUCUUCUUCUUCUUCUAUGUUGGUUUUAGGAUUCCCGACUGGUUUUGAUUUCAGCAUAUGAAUAGAUAUUACUCUUGUUCAAUGUUU